AUGGACCCGGAGAUUGUUGGAGUGGCGCCCACGAGCAUACACAAUACCCAGAGGAAGACCACCAAUGAGAUGGAACGACGACAUCAUGUUGCAUUGGAACUUGUUAAAGAGAUGUCUAAAAUAGGAGUCAGGAGUUCCACGACUCUUGAAACUUCCAUGUACUUGGACCAUGGUUUUUUAUGCCUAAUAGAUCUGGACUGUCCUGAUGCUGAAGAAGUUAUUUCACAUGCGAAGUCUAAACUUCUCCUACGAUCACCAUACCGGUGGUUGGCGAUCAGCUCAAGGAAUAACCGGACAGAAGCGAUCCUGGAGAAUGCUCCUCUGCUGGUAGACAGUGACUUUGUUCUGGCUGAAACCACUGAUGACGGAUAUCUACUGAUUGAACUCCACAGGCCGUCGUCAACAAUGCCCAUUGUGUUCACACCUCGAGGGCACUACAACGGGACGUUAACAGACACCAGGCCCCACCGGAGUUUAUUCCGACGUCGUCGUGACGUCAUGGGACACCCGCUUACCAUGUCCACAGUUAUCCAGGAUAGCAACUCCACUCAGGAACACUUACCCAAGGAGGAUAGAUUGGAGCCAGAAUACGAUGCUAUCACGAAGAUAAACUGGAGCGUCGUCAAACUUGGGUUCCUGAUGCUGAACGCGACGCCUCGAUAUCUGUUCAGUCACCGCUGGGGGUUCGAGGUCAACGGGACCUGGUCUGGUAUGAUUGAUGAUAUCAACUCUGGAAGGGCUGAUGUUGGUACAAACUGCUUCGUGAAAGUAGACCGACUCGCAGUGGUGGUAUUCACGGAUAACCUGACCCCCUUCCACGUGCGCUUUAUCUUCCGCCAGCCCCCCCUCUCGUACGUGACUAACAUCUUCUCCCUCCCCUUCUCUAUGGGCGUGUGGAUCGCUCUGGUCAUCUGCUCCAUCGCCGCCACCGGUGGUAUUUAUGCUGCCACCAAGUGGGAAACUAAGCUCCGGAAGACCCCUAACCAACUGGAUGGGACUGUUGGAGACGCGUUAUUAUUGACCAUGAGUGCUGUAAGUCAACAGGGUUGCGUCAUGGAACCAACCAAAGCUUCAGGUCGCAUAAUGGUGCUGGUGCUGUUCCUGACGCUGAUGGCGCUGUAUGCUGCGUACUCAGCCAAUAUAGUCGUGCUGCUACAGGCUCCAUCCAAUACCAUACGAACUCUGGCGCAGCUGGAACAAUCUAAGAUCAAGCUCGCUGCCAAUGAUGUUGACUACAAUCACUUCUUAUACAAUAAAGACCCAGUACGCUAUGAAAUAUGCAAGAGAGUUGAUCCUGAGAAAGGCGUGAAGCAGUUUUAUGACAUCAAUGAAGGAAUUGAAAGAAUCAGAAAGGGUCUGUUCGCAUUCCACUCGAUCGUGGAGCCGGUGUACAGCCGCAUCGAGAAUACCUUUCUGGAGAAUGAGAAGUGUGACCUCAUGGAAAUAGACUUCAUGAACGAGUUCGAUCCCUUCACUCCUGUGAAGAAGGACUCGCCUUAUUUGGAGUUGUUGAGAGUUGUCUUCAAGCAGAUCCGCGAAUUCGGCGUCCAAUCAGCUCUGAACCGUAGGCUGCAGACGCCCAAGCCAAACUGUGCGGAGCAGGGUGCUGCGUUCAGCAGCGUGGGGCUUCUGGACCUGAAGCCGGUCAUCUUCCUGAUGCUGUACGGCAUUGCAUUGUCUAUAGUCAUCGUGUGUGUUGAGAUCCUUGUGCAUUGGUUAAUCCCGCGGCGUAAAAAGCCAAGCUACAAUUUUAACAAAUAAAUAUCAUUAUUUCGGGAAAAUUUUAGUUUUUGAGUAGUAGCUAUAAAAUAAAUAUAGGUGAGGUACUACGGGUAAGGUACUAUAAUACCAACUUACCAUAAUCUUGGGAAGUAUCUAGUAGCUAUUUAUUCCUUAGACGAUUUAAGAAUAUUUUUGCGCUUUGAUUUUAGAAUCAUAGAAUGGGGUUAUUCCUGUUCAACGCUUCCUUGCUUGUGUAUAACGUAGAACAUGCCCAGGGAUACGGGUGAAGACCUAAACGGUUGCAGAGACGGAGAAAGGAUCCAUCGGUACGGAAAUGCAGGACGGAAGGGGCA